UAUAUAUUUGUUAAAAAACAAAGGAAGUUGGGAUUAAGAAAAAAAUAGUUUGUAACUAACAAGUGAGUGGAUUUAUUGAGAUCGGAGGCGGCCUUAAGAGGAUGGAUGUGGAAAAAGUGAAGGGAUACAUAGAGAAUUCAACCACCAUCGAAGGAGACGGAUUGCCUUUCAGAUUCUUCGAAAGCCUAAUCAUGCAUGGUCUCAGCGUUGAUCUCAUCGAAACCGGUCGCGUCGUUUGCUCUUUUAAAGUCUCCCCUCGUCUGCUGAACGGAGAAAAUUCCUUGCAUGGUGGGGUCACAGUGACACUUGUGGACUUGGUUAGCUCAGCAGCAAUAUACACUGUUGGCGCUCCCUUCCCUGGAUCUUCAGUUGAGAUAAAUGUCUCUUUCUUGGAUGCUGCUUAUGCUGAUGAGGAAAUUGAGAUAGAAGCAAGGGCUUUGCGUGUUGGGAAGGCUGUUGCUGUUCUCAGUGCUGAACUUAGGAAGAAAAAUACUGGGAAAAUUAUUGCUCAAGGCCGUCAUACUAAGUAUCUCCCUCUACCAAGUAAAAUGUAGAUGACAUUUUAAUUUAAAUAAUCAUCCUCAUAAUUCCUCCACUAGGAACCAAUAAAAUGAAUUGCAUCAUGCAUUUGCUGAAUAUACUAUGGAUUCAUGCUUUUAUAAGACACUUAUAGUUGAAUUUCACAUGAAAUUACUUUA